GUACCAACACAUUACUUGUGACUUACAUUUCGUGCGAAAAGAAACUUCAUUUUAGUUGUUGAAGACGCCUUGAAAAAGAACAGUGUCUGUGGAUUGACCGAUUAGAAAACACGACUGUUACGAAUAUGUCACCAGGCCGUUUAGCACACGAGUCGACCUUCGAGGUGAAAGAGAUGAAGAAGACUGCAAAUGAGAAACACAAUUUUGGUGCAAUAGUUGAAGACCUUGAUAUUGAAAACAUAAGUGACGCCGAUGUGAAAGCGUUGUCCGACGCCAUCUGGACAUACAAGCUUGUCGUUGUAAAGGGUCAGAAGAACCUUUCACCUAUCAAACAGUGGGAGCUUGUUACUCGAUUCGACCCCAAAGCUCCUCAGAUUCAUUCUCAUGGCGACGUAAAAACGUUCAGCAAACAGGGCGGGCUGCUGUCGAAAGGAAGAGAUGUCUUGGGUAUACCAGGUGCGGAGAAUGUCCGUUUAAUCGGCAAGGGCUAUCAGGGAGAAGAUCAUUAUGGACUCAAAGAUGUCACACUCAAGAAGGGCAUUCUUCACGCAUGGCACAAUACCACUCCGACAAACGAAGAAUAUGAAUCUGGUCAUACCCGCUUCCAACGCUGGCACAUCGAUGCACCCCUCUACGCCCGCGACCCAGCCUGGUUCACAACGCUCCGUUGCAUCAAACGGCCCACGGCCCCGACCCUAACCAUCCACUGGGACGACGGCAGCGGCCAAACCAUGGAAACAGAACCUGGUCUCACCGCCUUCAUAAGCAACGUACAAACCUACUCCAUGAUGACCGAAGAAGAAAAGAACCUCGCAGACCACUCCUGGGUUGAAUACGCCCCGCACCCCUACCAAUGGAUGAGCGACUGCAAAGGCCACCCCAACGGCCUCGGCGUCGUUAGUCAAGGCAAAGAGAAACCCCUCGCAGACCUCCCCCCUUACGACGAAAAACACAUAAAACACUACCCAAUGGUCUGGAUCAACCCCGUCACUCACGAACGCGCCUUCAUGGUCCACGGCAUCUGCGUGCGCCGCGCCUUUUUCCGCUCCAGCCCGCACCAAGAACCGACUGUAGUUGACGAUGUCGCUGCGAUACGCGACUGGCUAAGACCCAUACAAGAGCGCGUGUUGAAGCCCGAUUUUGUAUUGUUGCCCAGACUAGAGGAGGGGGACGUGGUUAUGUGGGCGAAUUAUCAGCUUUUUCAUUCGGCUGUGGAUUAUCCGGAUCAGUGGGGGGUUAGGAGUAUGCAUCAGGCUAAUAUUGGGGCCUGUGAGGGGCCAGUUGGGCCAGUGCCGAUUCCUGGUGUUGCGUGAUGGGCAUGUGGUUUAUAUGGCGGGUGAUCGAUGUUUUUAGAUGCGGUUCAGUGUGCUAGAUGUAGGAGCAAUGGUUUACAUCAAGGCUUUCUCCGACAAUCUACCUGGUUUUCAUCUCGACGCUGAUAGGAAGCAAACAACUCAUGAAUAUAUAAGGGCUGAUUCGGAA